AUGGACGACGACGACUACAUAGAUGAGGUUUUACGAUAUGAAGAUGAGAUAUAUAAUGAGAAGACAGACACAUCGGAGAGUGAAGAAGAAUUAUUGAAAGAUCCAUCGAUCAUUUAUGGGCAAUUAUAUUAUUCAAGUGAAAAACCAGAGAUAACUUCCAGUGGGAUCAAAGAUCAGGAGUCUGCAGAAAAAGUUCCAGAAGUACAGCCAAAUAACGGGGAGAAUAACCAAGCUCAAUCUCCACCAAGAGAAGUGACUGGAUCAGCAACACAAAGUACGGAUAAAUGCAUAAUGUGCGAAUCAGAGGAUCACAGUUCAAGUAUGUGUGAGAGAACGACACGUCCUAACAACGAUGAGGCAACAUGGAGACGUUACAAGAUACAAGCGGGCGUCAUCCCGCGACCAAUUAUCUACGUUAGUUGCUUUAAUUGUUCUAGUAAUAAUCAUGGAGGGCGAUUGUCCGAAUUAUUCCCGUUAUAG